CAUGUUUAGACCAUUCCAUUCCUGACGUUCCACCAAUUGGGCAGCAAAAAGAAUACUCAAGACGAGCAAAUCCAGUCAAUAUAAAACCAGUUUGACUUCGCUCCACUCUUCCCCACCAACCACUUCUUCUGGUCUUCUCUUUCUUCUUCUCCUCUCUCUGUGUCUCCUUCGUGCCACCCACAUUCCUCUGCUUUCCAUUCUUCUCCUCCUAUGAUGCCAUGUCUCCUUCCUGCUACCGUCCAUUAUGCCAGCCAGAAGAAAGAAGAAAGCUGUAGAUACGAUCUAGGGUAGUCCCACAUCGGCAAAAGUCUUCUCUUUGAUUCAAAGAUCGGCGCGCGACACCCCGCACCAUGACGUCGCCGAGGGAGUGGUGGCACCGAGCGGCGGCGGCCGCGAAGGAUAAGGGCAGCCUAUGCAUGACGAGAAUGGCCAGCGUCCGGCACCACCACCAGUGCCCCCGCCGUGGUGGGCGGGAGGUGGAUGCGACGGUGAUCCGGGCCACGAGCCACGACGAGCGGUCGGUUGAUUACAAGAGCGCGGGACGCGUCUACGCGUGGGCGCGCGCCGCCCCGACGUCGUUCCUCGACCCGCUCAUGUGGUCCCUGGCCCACCGUGCCGCCCGCACCCAUUCCUGGGCCGUCGCCCUCAAGUCGCUCCUCCUCGCCCACGGUCUCCUCCUCUGCUCCGAGGACGCGCCGCCCUCCGCCCGCCUUGGCCGCCUCCCCUUCGACCUCUCCGACUUCCGCGACCGCUCCUCCUCGUCCGGCUUCUCGGCCUUCAUCCGCGCCUACUUCCGCUUCCUCGACCACCGCUCCCUCUUCUCCGCCCACAACAAGCCCGUCAAAGACGCCACCCUUACGACCAGCCCAGCCGCGAAACCAGGGGACGAGGAGGACACCGAGUCGGACGCUGACCUCGCUGAGCUCGAGCGCCUCCAGACCCUCCUCGACCUCUUGUUGCAAGUCCGGCCGUACGCUGACGGCAUGGGGGUGGGGCUCGUCCUCGAGGCCAUGGACUGCGUCAUGAUCGAAAUCUUGGAGGUCUACAGCAGCAUCUGCAACGGAGUUGCUCACUUCCUCGGCGACAUCCUCGGCCACGACUCUUCCAAACCCGUUCAUAAUCGACGAUCGGAAGCAAGGAGACGGAGAGGAGAGAUCGGAAUGAGGGUGCUUAGGCGAGCAUCGGCGCAAAGCUCGCAGCUUUCCGCUUACCUCGAUCUCUGCCGCACCCUCGGAGUCAUCAGCCCGGCGGAGAUCGCCGCGGUGCAGAGCAUCCCCGACGAGGACAUCGCCAACCUCGAGCAACUGCUGCUCGGCGGCGUUCCGAAGGAGGAACAGGAGGAGAAGGAACUCGGAAGGGCAGAAAGCCGUUCCGGGACGGUGAUCACCGAGCGGUGGGUGGUCUUCGACGAAGAGGUAGAGGGGCAUUCCGGGAAUCCCAUCCUUAGCCAACGUCCGGAGAGAUCGCGGCCGUCGUCUUCGUGGGUCCCAACAGAGGACAACGGCCGCGCCGGUGUACCGUUGUGGAAUACCAAUUUGACCGAACUGAUCUGACUCAUAUGCCCUCCAACUUCCCAUAGAACGACACGCAUGCCAUUGUUCUCUUUUCCUUUUGUUUCUUCCUCCUUUUAUUUAGCUUCUUCGCAUUAUGUUUGAUGGUGGUGAUUUACUGAAUCUGUACUUAGACGUCAUGAAAGGAGGAUUAUAUUAGUUAAUAAUCUUGUAAGAAGAGAUCGGUUGGUAUCAUUUGC